CUCCUCUUCAGUAUACUGUUGGUCUUCGCUGAGUGCUUACACGUUGUGCGGAGCCGCCGGUGUUGAAAAUUGUUUUAUUACUCAUUCAAAAGUUCGUGUGCGUGUAUUAUUAACAGCGGCUCGUGUGUGUGGGAUUACAGUUUUGUGUGUGCGUGUUCGUUAAAUAAAUAUUGUUUAAUUAUAUUUAAAAUUUUUUUUUCGUUUGUGUCCCACUCAUUAGUGACCGUCGACGCCACCGCUAACGAAAUUGCUUUAAUAUAAUUUUGUUAAUAUUUUAAUUAUCGUCGCUUUUGACAACGGUUUUUUAAGUGUUGACCAUAAUAUCCUACAUUGUUAUUGGUGUUAUCGUUAUUAUUAACGACGAUCGUUGUGGUUGAACAGGUCGAGUGACGUUUUUUGAUUUUGGCGGCCAUGAGCUGCUGCUAACGUAUCAUGUACGCCGCAGCCACGAUGAACGCAGCAGCUGUAGCGGCCGCUGCCCGGCACCCGGGCCCACCGCAACCGGGGCAGCCGUUCAAGUUUACUAUUGGCGAAUCAUGCGAUCGGAUCAAGGAAGAGUUCAAUUUCCUUCAAGCUCAAUACCACACUACCAAAAUGGAAGUCGAAAAAAUCGUCCAAGAAAAAACCGAAAUGCAAAGGCAUUACGUAAUGUACUACGAGAUGUCUUAUGGCCUCAACGUGGAAAUGCACAAACAGACGGAGAUAGCCAAGCGUCUAAACGCCAUUAUCGCCCAGAUAAUGCCUUUCCUCUCGCAGGAGCAUCAACAGCAAGUAGCUACUGCGGUCGAGAGAGCGAAACAAGUGACCAUGACUGAACUCAACGCCAUUAUCGGGCAACAACGACCAGAUCUGCCCAGGUUAUUGCAACAAAUGCACGCUCAACAGUUGCCGCACGCUGCCCACGCGCCACCGAUUCCGAUGAUGCCUCAUCCGGGUCUACCUGGACCACCAGUAACUGCUGCUGCUAGCCUUUUGGGCUUGGCUGGUGCUGCCGGAGGAGCCGGUCAUCCGUUGUCCAUGUUGGGCGCCAAACCGACUGAUUUGCACAGGGGCGCUGACGUCGACAAGCCAUCUUCGGCUAUUGGACUGAGCGCUGCCGAAGAAAGACACAGGAACUCGAUAUCGCCAGCGGAAAGGGAGAAAUUUCGCGUUAGGAGUUCGCCGGAUAUCGAACCACACAAGAAGGUGAAAAAAGAAGAAAAAGAUUGUCAUGCUAGUGAUGGUGAAAAAAGCGAUCAGGAUCUAGUCGUUGACGACGCCAGCGAGGACCCUGUAUCUCCUUUAAAUGGCACUAAUUCACCCAGAGAAAAUGGAAUUGACAAGUUACAACCAAAAAAAGAUCACAUUGGACCGCAUAGUCCAAGAAGCGGGACAUCAUCUAAUGCUAGUACACCAUCUACAAAGAAAAUGGAAGAUAAACCCAGUACACCCAUUUCUAAAUCUAUCACUCCGACUAGUGGUGGUAGUGGGUGUAGUGGAGCGGCAGGUUCUUCUAUGAAACCAAUUGCCAAAGGACCUUCAUUAGCUCAAUAUCCACAUUAUUUGGCUGGUGGAGCAAGUCCUCAUGAACUUCAGGCCGCUGCAGCAGCCGCUGGAGCUUAUGGUGCAUUGCACAAUAAUUUACCACCAGCAGCCGCAUUGAAUAGUUACCCCAGACCGGCUUUGGUCGGAUAUGAUCCUCAUGCACAAAUGAGAGCACCUCUUGGACCUGGUUUAGGUAUUCCUGGAGGAAAACCAGCCUAUUCAUUUCACAUAAGUGCAGAAGGUCAAAUGCAACCAGUGCCCUUUCCACCCGAUGCUCUGAUGGGUCCAGGUAUCCCAAGACACGCCCGUCAGAUUAAUACACUUGGGCAUGGAGAAGUAGUCUGUGCUGUUACUAUCAGCAACCCCACUAAAUAUGUUUACACUGGCGGCAAAGGCUGCGUUAAAGUAUGGGAUAUUAGUCAACCAGGAUCUAAGUCUCCAGUAUCUCAAUUAGAUUGCUUGCAACGUGAUAAUUAUAUAAGAUCUGUUAAACUCUUACCUGACGGUCGGACAUUAAUUGUUGGAGGAGAAGCUAGUAAUUUGAGUAUAUGGGAUUUGGCAUCUCCAACGCCCAGAAUAAAAGCAGAGUUGACUUCCAGUGCUCCAGCAUGUUAUGCUUUAGCAAUAAGUCCUGACUCAAAGGUAUGCUUUAGCUGUUGCUCUGACGGUAACAUUGCUGUGUGGGAUUUACAUAAUCAAACUUUGGUGAGGCAGUUCCAGGGACAUACUGAUGGAGCAUCUUGUAUAGAUAUUUCUUCAGAUGGAUCUAAAUUAUGGACGGGUGGUCUUGACAAUACUGUUAGGUCUUGGGACUUAAGAGAAGGUCGUCAAUUACAACAACACGAUUUCUCUUCUCAGAUAUUCUCAUUAGGAUACUGUCCAACUGGAGAAUGGUUAGCUGUUGGUAUGGAAAAUUCAAAUGUAGAAGUUUUACAUGCUAUGAAACCAGAUAAAUAUCAGUUACAUUUGCAUGAGUCUUGUGUAUUAUCUUUACGAUUUGCUACUUGUGGCAAAUGGUUUGUGUCAACUGGAAAAGACAAUUUGCUUAAUGCUUGGCGUACACCCUAUGGAGCUUCUAUAUUCCAAUCUAAAGAAUCUUCAUCAGUUUUAAGUUGUGAUAUAUCGGCUGAUGAUAAGUAUAUUGUAACUGGAUCUGGUGACAAGAAAGCUACAGUUUACGAAGUUAUAUACUAGUGAAUUAUGCAAAAUGAAAACUUCUCUGUUUUGGUGUUCAUUAGGUGUAGAAAACUAUAAUGUUAUCCAUCGUAAAUUGAACAUUUUUUUGUGAUAAUUAUUUUCAAUGUAAUUUGUAAUACUAUUUUAACUUAGUGCAUAAACACUAGCGUAUAAAACAGAGUUAAUUUAAAUCUACUAAUAAAAUUUUUAUUGACAGCAAAAAACAUGAAAAUUUGUAAUUUAAGCACUAAUUAAACAUUUAACUGAUUACUAUGACCUGAUUAAGCUGAUUAUCAUAAUUUAUGCUUUAGUGAAAGCUUUGCUGCUUGCAUAUUCUUUGUUCUUUGAUAUUAAAGAGAUUACCAUGAUUGCAAGGUUUUAUUCAUUACUAUAUAAUAUUUUUGACGCCAUUUGUGAAUAUUUUUGUGUACAAAUUAAAACUAUAAAACACUCCUCAUAAGAAAGAUCUUUCAUACAUAGUAUAAAAUUUUUUACAUGUAUAUUUUAAGUAUUGUAUUUACUUAAUAUUUUCUUAAGUGUUAACUUUGUUCUUAUCUAUUUUGUACAAAAUAGUAUGUAGAAAAUAUUACUUUUAAAUUUUUGUUAAUUUUUUUUCAUUAGGAUCAUAUAGGUAAAUCAAUAAGGUAUAAUCUAAACAUGUCUUUUAUACCUAAUAGAUAGAAAAAAAUUUUAAUUUUAUUGUUAUUUAAUAAUUAUUUAUGUUUAUUUAAAUUAAUACAUUUCCCCGAUAAAUUAUAAUAUUGUGCUAUGUAGUAUCAAGUACUUUGUUUAUUAAUGUAUAGUGUUCAAUAUAGUAUUCUGUACAAAUUUAGACAGAAAAUAAGAAAAAUAAAAGACCAAUUUAUUAUUA